AUGGCAUCGAAUGCCGAUGGCAAGAGCAUCUCCGCAUAUGGAGAGGCUCGCUCGACGUUGGAGGGCAAGCCUCUUGAUGCCGAGACGGUCCGAAAAAUGAAUGCCUAUUUUCGUGCUAGCAUGUACCUAUGUUUAGGCAUGCUUUAUCUUCGCGACAACCCCUUGCUCACGGAACCUCUCAAGCUGGAGCAUCUCAAAGCCCGGCUUCUAGGUCAUUGGGGGUCUGAUGCUGGACAAUCCUUCACCUGGAUGCACAUGAAUCGACUCAUCAAGAAGUACGACCUUGAUGUACUCUUUGUUUCCGGCCCUGGACAUGGUGCUCCUGGAAUCCUCUCCCAGUCUUACCUCGAGGGAGUCUACUCGGAAGUCUACCCGGAAAAAGCAGAAGAUACAGAGGGCAUGAAGAAGUUUUUCAAACAAUUCUCCUUUCCCGGUGGUAUUGGAAGCCAUGCAACCCCCGAGACACCUGGUAGUAUCCACGAGGGUGGUGAGCUAGGAUAUUCACUCUCCCAUGCUUUCGGCUCGGUAUUUGACAACCCUAACCUCAUUACCUUAACCAUGGUCGGUGACGGCGAGUCUGAGACCGGCCCUCUUGCGACGAGUUGGCACAGCACGAAAUUUCUGAACCCCAUCGUUGAUGGUGCGGUUCUACCUGUUCUCCACCUGAAUGGAUACAAAAUCAAUAACCCGACGGUGCUCGCACGUGUUAGCCACGAGGAGCUAUCUUCUUUGCUCGUCGGAUAUGGAUGGAAGCCAUACUUUGUGGAGGGAAGUGAUUUUGACAGCAUGCAUCAAGCCAUGGCAGCCACACUUGAACAAUGUGUCGUGGAGAUUAAACAGUACCAGAAAAAGGCCCGAGACUCCAAGACACCUUUCAGGCCCCGUUGGCCCAUGAUCGUUCUUCGUACCCCCAAAGGGUGGUCAGCUCCCCGGGAAGUUGAUGGCCAUCUUCUUGAGGGAUUCUGGCGUGCGCAUCAAAUUCCGAUCACUGAUGUCCGCACUAAUCCUCCUCAUCUCAAGCUUCUAGAGCAGUGGAUGAAAGGCUACAAACCAGAAGAGCUUUUUGACAAGAAUGGCACCUUGAUUCCGGAACUCAAGGAGCUAGCUCCGUCGGGUAAUUCGCGGAUAAGUGCCAAUCCUGUUGGCAAUGGUGGUCUUUUACGCCGACCGCUAAACAUGCCCGAUUUCCGAGACUACGGUUUGAAGGAUAUAGAUCCGGGUACAACGAUCAAGGGGGGCAUGGCCAACAUGGCCAAGUUCCUCCGCGAUGUGAUCGCUCAGAACAUGAAGAAUUUCCGCCUAUUCGGUCCUGAUGAGACUGAAUCCAACAAACUCGCUGAAGUUUACAAAGCAGGCAAAAAAGUCUGGAUGGGAGAAUAUUUCGAAGAAGAUAAGGAUGGGGGCAACCUGGCCCCCGACGGCCGUGUGAUGGAAAUUCUCAGUGAACAUACCUGCGAGGGAUGGCUGGAAGGCUACAUUCUUUCCGGGCGCCACGGACUUCUCAAUAGCUACGAGCCUUUCAUCCACGUUAUUGACUCUAUGGUCAACCAACAUUGCAAAUGGAUUGAGAAGUGCCUUGAAGUGGAAUGGAGAGCUCGCGUUGCCUCUCUCAAUAUUCUCAUCACAGCGACCGUCUGGAGACAAGAUCACAAUGGCUUCACGCAUCAAGACCCUGGCUUCCUUGAUGUUGUCGCCAACAAGAGCCCUGAAGUUGUCCGCAUCUAUCUCCCGCCAGAUGGCAACACUCUCCUUUCGGUCAUGGAUCACUGUCUCCGCAGUGUGAAUUAUGUGAACGUCGUAGUUGCCGACAAACAAGAUCACAUUCAGUUCCUCAACAUGGAUGAAGCCAUUGAACACUGCACCAAAGGUCUUGGAAUCUGGGACUGGGCUAGCAAUGAUCAAGGCGUAGAGCCCGAUGUCGUGAUCGCGUCCUGCGGUGAUGUCUCAACCCAUGAAGCCCUCGCCGCGACCGCUCUACUGCGGGAACAUCUCCCGCAACUGAAAGUCCGGUUUGUGAAUGUAGUUGAUCUCUUCCGACUCAUCUCCACUCUUCACCAUCCACACGGCUUGUCUGAUAAGAGGUGGAAGGCUAUCUUUACCACCGACAAGCCUAUCAUCUUCAACUUCCACUCCUACCCUUGGCUCAUCCACCGCCUCACCUAUAAGCGACCCGGUCAACACAAUCUACAUGUGAGGGGUUAUAAGGAGAAGGGCAACAUUGACACUCCAUUUGAGCUGGCUGUGCGCAACCAGACUGAUCGAUAUAGUCUCGCUAUUGACGCCAUCGACUUGGUCCAGUCACUUGGAAACACUGCAUCUGGUUUGAGGGAAAGGCUGAUCAAUGAACAGCUUGCUGGCAAAGCCGAAGCCUUCAACAACGGUCUUGAUCCCGAAUAUAUUCGUAACUGGACUUGGCCCUGGCCGAGGAAGUAG